CCUUCCCGCCAUCUUUGAAUUGCGGAACUGAGACUGACAUCUAAACUAAAACAUGUCUUCAUUAUCCGUUUUUCCAGCUCCUGCCCCAAUAGGCGAGGUAACGUUAUGCGAAAUGAAUGCCAGGUUGAUAGCCGAGGAUUACAGCUCUGCCGAGUUGUCAAAAUAUGUGCCCGCCACACAGGGGAUCAAGUAUCCUUCAAUCAAUGGAAAUAAAGAGAGAUCAAAGACAGGAAAUAACUUGUCCAGUUCUAUGGAUCAAGAUUGGGGAUCACUUGUGAAGAGAGAGGAAAGUAUUUCUAAAAAGCUUCUUAAGGUUUGGCAUUAUAAAGGGAUAUCUGAAAUGCUGCAUGAGGUCAAGAAAAGCAAGGAUGAAGUGCCAUCAUGGCUUUGGCAUGUGAGCAAUGGAACAGAUGCAGUUAUAAGAUGGUUCUUAUCACUUUAUGGCUACAUUUUCCCUCAUUUAAAUCUAUCCAGAGAAGAAAUGAUCAAUGUCUUUUCAUGUGUGUCUUCUUGGAAAAACUCUUCCAUCAGGGCAUUCGCCUGGCACCCUCAUGUUGCUAAAUUUGUUGUGGCUUGGCAGGAUGAUUCAGUGAGAGUUUAUACAUUGUCAAGUGAUUUGGUCCCUAUAUUAGAGCACAAGCAACAGAAAGCUGUCAGUUGUCUGGCGUGGAGACCUCUGUCAGGAUCAGGUUUGGUGGUUGGCUGUGACAGUGGUUUGUUUGUCUGGACUGUAGACCCAUUAUCACCCAUUCUAAGACUUGGAGGUAGCUCUGUGCGUCAUCUGUCCUAUCCAGGCCACAGCCCAGUUACAACUGUCUCAUGGAGUCCCAGUGGACAGUUGUUGGUGUCUGGUUCUCCAGCAGACAGUAAUUUAAUGGUGUGGGACGUGGCUCUGGAGACAGCCACACCCUUAUAUAGAGCAGGAGGGGGCGUAUCACUCACAUCAUGGUCACCAGAUGAGAGGAAUGUAUUUACUGCUACACCCUCCAGCUUGUUCAGAGUGUGGGAGACUCAGACUUGGACAUGUGAAAAGUGGUCUAAUUUAGCAGGUGCCUGUCAGGCAGCAUGUUGGAGUCCUGAUGGGAAGAUUCUUGUGUUUGCUGUGGCAGAUGAACCUGCUCUUUAUUCACUUCAGUUUCAGAAUAUUGAUGACGGGCGCCAUAAUGCAACUGUGGCAAAAGGUGCGCGUCUGGCUGUGCGAUGCGCGGAUUUGACGCCGCACACUUGGGAGGAUGCUGAUGGCUCAGUAACUUUAGGUGGCUGUGUGCGUUCCAUGGCUUGGGACCCAUUUGGUGAAAGACUGGCUAUUAUAUUUAAAGAUGACAGAAAACAUGCUCAAGAAUUAGUUGCUGUGUUCAAAACCAGAUUGAAACCAUCCUUUGAAAUCAUGCCAUGUGGCUUUGUUAGGGGACCUCCUGAAACAGUUCCACAAAUUAUUACUUUUCAGCAAGACUUCAAGAAGGGAGCUCUUCUGACUGUUUGUUGGUCAGAUGGAAGUGUGUCAUUUAUUCCUCUAAUGUUUUCUCCAUCUUCCAUCGGUUUCUUCCAAAAUGGAGUGUUGAAGUCACAGUGAUUGAUAAAUAAGCUUGUAAAUAGGACUGCAGUUUUAUAAUUAUAGUAUUGAUAACAGACUGUGCAGAAGGAACGUUUUUUUUUUCUGUUAUAAAAACUAGGAAUUAAAUUAAGAUACCAAAGGAAAUAAAUAUCUCGCUGAUAUCUUGA